AUGCUGAACCGCGACGGUGCCGCCGCGCUGGACACGCUCGCAACGCUCGCUGUCUACGACUCCCAACAGGCCUUCGCGGUCGCUGCCGUCCUGGAUAACCACGGCCGCAACCUCGAGCUGUAUAUCGCAGGCGACACGGAGGAGGUUCCGCCCAUAGCCGUCGACCACCUAAAGGACAUCUGCGCCCACCUCAUCACUAUCCACGCCGCCAUCGAGGCCUCGCCCAACCGCGCGGCCAUCCUCCACGAGAUAUCUUGGAACCCGCACAACCCGAACGGUUCUCCCGAGCCCGCCUUCACCGCUUUGCGCGAGCUCGAGCUAAGCUUGUACAGGCACUCCAAUAAGCGCAUUCGUGCGCGGAUGACCAGACCGCCCGAGAUCAACUGGCCCAACGAGCCCAGCCACCUUGUCGCCUGCAUCAAGGGCACCCCCGCUGGCACCCGCGACGAUCUAUCUGACGGCGAGCGGUGA